AUGAAGCAAAGAGACGAGGCGAGACGCCGUCGUCGCGCCCAGAGCAAAGGAUCUACAGGGGGCCUUCAGGCUAUUCAAAUUGAAGAACACUUACCAGAUGGUACUACAAGUCUCCGGACCAUCACUGACCGCCGCCUUGUAGAAGAUGGGUGCAUGCAAGAAAACAUGGCACGCUAUGAUCAAACACGAGCGCCGUAUACCACUCCACCUAUGGCCAAACCGUUAUAUAGCAAAUUUACCGGUGACAACGCUGAAAUAAAUUCUCUGGCAUUGUUAGAAGGCCGUUACACAUUACCUGAUCUGUUGGACCCAGCUACGGCUUCUUUCUUAUCUCACUGCCGGUUUCACAAAGGGCACUCUCCAGUCCACUUGCAAGUCUCCAAGGACGAUCACGUGUACUUUUGGUCGCGGAACCCUGAGAAUAAAGGAUCCGAACCUCAUGGACUGCAUAAUGGACACUUUAAGGCGGCUAUCCAGUCUCCAUCUAUAGCGUACUGUGAUGCCCUUUUCCGGAACAUUCCUCUCACCACAGGCUUUGUUCCUCUUCAAUGGCAAAACCUGAUGAACUUUGCCAUUGAAAAGAAGCCGGGAGACUUUCGCCUAUCUAAAAUGCGCACCAUCCAGCUGAUGAAUUCCGAGGCCCAGGCAAACAAUAAGAAGGCAGGCCGUGCAGCCAUGCACUUUGCCGAAGCGCACUCCUUGAUACCCGACGGGCAAUGCGGCUCACGCAAAUAA